UCCACUUUACUUAUGUGAGCUGGGCUGUGUAGUGGUUAGUAAACGCGGCCCGUAUCUCUCAGUUUCUAUUCCUCUGGUUUUCAGGAGUGAUUUAUGGUAGCCCAUCGGACACACCGAUGAAGAAAAAGCCCAGUACCCCCCUGCGUCCUAAACGCAGCAGGCUGGUCAGUGCCAGCAAUGAAGGUGCCACAGUGCCGGGCAGUGUGCUGAGCACUGAUGCCCCACCAAACUCUGAAACUGUUCCAGGAUCAGCCUCACAAAUCAGGCACGUGACUAUGCUGCAGCACAGUCGCAACCUCCUCAAGUUUUUGAAUGAGGACCGGACGCGGCAGAAGUUCUGCGAUGUGUCUGUGUCUGUGGGUGGGAAGCUUUACAGUGCCCACAAGGUGGUGUUGGCCCAUGGGAGCAGCUACUUCCACGCUGAGCUGUCCAAGAACCCUGCUACAACACAUGUGACUCUGGACCAUGUGGAGGACUCUGUUUUCCAGCCCUUGCUAAGCUUUUUGUACACCUCUGAGUGCGUUGUCGCAGAGACAGACCUCCCGGCUCUAACAGAAGCGGCCCGAUUCCUGGACAUGAUGGAUAUACUAAAAUUGUUGAGCAGAGAAGGGGACGUCCAUUCUGUAAAUGUGAUCCAGGCCCAGGCUGAGAUAAGAGAGUCUCCUGAGGUAGAAAUGACCCCCAGUGACUCUCCAGCAGGUGACACAGACUUCCAGAGCCCAUCUGAACAGAGCACCCUGCGCAGUCGCCAGUUUAGCUCAGAAAACUCUGUGCAGAACCACUUGGCUGAGAGUCACAGUGAUGUACCACAGGAAACCUCAACUGAGAAGGAGAAGACAGCAGGUCAGAGGAGUGCUACCACACGGAGAUCAGCUCGUAGGAGGAGAACACCUACUAAGUAUAAGAGAGAUGAUGAAGAGUACUUCAUCAACACUCCUGAGGAAAGACAAAGGACUGUAUCACCAAGAGAGCAGGAUGAAGACAGAGCAGAAGAAGCAGCAGAGGUGGCUGUGGAAAACCGAACUCCCAAAUCUGACAUGAACGAGACAUCUAAACCAGCGCAGAUGGAUGACAUAGUGGAUGAGGAGGAUGAAGAGGAAGAGGGAGGAGAUGUGAGUGAAGACGUGGUUGCCCAAAAGAAAAUUGCUGAAGUGUGUGCAGCGCAGAAGAGUGCAAGUCAGCAGGGUUUAGAGGUAGAAAAGACAGAGCUCCAGCAGGAUGUUCGAGAGGUGGAAGUGCAUGCGUCCGCAGCUGGAAGCACUAAUCAGAGUCCAGUGUACCCUGAGGGCCUAGCUCCAGUCAUCAUCCAGACCUCCAGCAAGAAGACUCUCAAGUGUCCCAAAUGUGACAAGACCUUUGACCGAGCAGGGAAGUAUGAGAGUCACACCAGAGUGCACACAGGAGAGAAACCAUUCCAGUGUGACAUCUGCCUCCAGCGCUACUCCACAAAGUCUAACCUGACCGUGCACAAGAAGAAGCAUGCCAGCGACACUCCCUUCCAGAAGAAGGAGCACAAGUGCCCCUUCUGCAACAAACUCCAUGCCAGCAAGAAAACCCUAGCCAAGCACGUCAGGAGGUUUCAUCCAGACCACGUCCAAGAGUUUCUUACCAAGAAGAAGAGGAAGACAGAAGGCUUGAAAUGUGCUAUUUGUCUGAAGACCUUCACCCGCAGACCUCACCUGCAGGAGCACAUGAUCCUUCACACCCAAGACCGGCCUUUUAAAUGCUCCUUCUGUGAUGAAUAUUUCAAGUCAAGGUUUGCCAGACUGAAGCACCAGGAGAAGUACCACCUGGGUCCUUUUCCCUGCGAAAUCUGUGGUCGACAGUUUAAUGACACAGGCAACAGAAAGAGACACAUCGAGUGUACUCAUGGAGGCAAGAGAAAGUGGACCUGCUUUGUUUGUGGGAAAUCAGUAAGGGAAAGGACAACCUUGAGGGAGCACUUGAGGAUCCACAGUGGGGAGAAGCCUCACCUCUGCAGUAUCUGUGGCCAAAGUUUCCGUCAUGGCAGCUCCUACAGGCUUCACCUCAGAGUCCACCACGAUGAUAAGCGCUAUGAGUGUGAUGAAUGUGGGAAGACGUUUAUACGACACGAUCACCUGACCAAGCAUCAGAAAAUACACUCUGGUGAGAAAGCACACCAGUGUGAAGAGUGUGGCAAGUGCUUCAGACGCCAUGAUCAUCUCACUGUCCACUAUAGAAGUGUUCAUUUGGGAGAGAAAGUUUGGCAGAAGUAUAAAACCGCAGUGCAUCAGUGUGAGGUUUGCAAGAAAGAAUUUAAAGGAAAGUCCAGUCUAGAAAUGCACUUCAGGACUCACUCAGGUGAGAAGCCCCACAGAUGUCCUGAAUGCCACCAGACAUUUCGGAUCAAGAAGACCUUGACAAAGCACAUGGUGAUUCACUCAGACGCUCGUCCUUUUAACUGUCCCCAUUGCAGCGCCACCUUUAAAAGAAAAGACAAGCUCAAGUAUCAUGUUGACCAUGUGCACAGCACCCGGUUUACUGAGCAGCCCCUCAGCACACUCAGCGAAGACAAAAUAGUCUCCAUUCCUUUUGAGGAAACCUCAAAGGCAUAUCGUGCUGUGCCUAAGUCCACCCCUCCUCCUAUGAAUGUCUGCGUGCCAGUCACCUUAGUUCCUGUCCAGGUGACAGGAGGAGCGCAGAGCGACCUGAACACUCACGGUGCCUCGUCUCUCUCCUCCCAAAGUCACAGCGUUGUGAGCAUGCAGGCUCAAGGACAACAGCAGAACUCUGGCUACCAGGCCGCCACAGACCUGGCAUUCUUAGAGAAAUUCACCCUCACCCCCCAGCCCACCAACAUCGUCCACCCUGUGAGGCCCGAUCAGAUGCUGGACCCCAGAGAGCAGUCCUACCUGGGCACGCUGCUGGGACUGGAUUCAGCUUCCUCUGUGCAGAACAUCUCCAACUCUGAUCACAAUCACUGAUGCUCCUUAAACCAAAACUAGGUCUUCAAGGCACAGUCCGAAAAACCUGUUCAGUCAUUUUAAACAGAAAAAAGAACAGAAGCUACAGUAUUCACCACCAAAAUAUAUUCACAUUUUAAGUCAGAGGGCAGUUUUUGACCUCCAUGUAAAUGAUUAAAUUCAAGACAAAAACUACACAUCUGAACUUGAUUCAGUGGAUUAAUCAAUGUGAUUGUGGAUUAAUCAAGUGGCAGAAACAGUAAUUACAGGUUUGUUAACUUGACAGAUGAUUCAGGUAAUGUUUCCAGUAGAAAUGGUUUUAGCUUCUAAUUAAUCAGUACAUUUUUUGGACAGAAUCAAUUGGUUUAACAAAUAAAUAAAUAAAACUAAUAUCCAUAGAUAUAAUUGUAAAAAGAUUACACUGCAGCCCUUUAACAGUGAGGAGACUUAAACUGAGUGGCCUUAAUAAAUACUGUAAUUUGUGUACCGCCUGUACAACCAGUCGCUCAGAGACUUUGGGUAAUUUGUAAUUGUUGAAUGCAAAAUGAACAUAGGAAAGAAUUUUUCUUUGUGCUGCGUAAAUAUGAGCACAGUUAUUAAGUAUUACAAGUCAGUGUACUGAUGUGUGUGUGUGUGUUUGUGAGUGUGUGGAAGAACCUUAUUUCAAAUGCAGGCAUUAAAAUCAUGUGAUUUUUUUUUUCUUAAUUAUUGAUUUUUAGAAACAAAGGAGUGGAAAAUCAGAUGAAAACAAAAGUGGAACAGCAAAAAAAGCGUGUAAAAAAGUGUGCACACUUUAUUGUUACUGUUAUUGUGGUCAAUCUCAUGAAAACAUGAAAUGAAACAGUGGUGAUGCUC